CCAGUUGGAAAUAAGGUAGCUGUUAGCUUUCAAACGAAGCGCAACGGAAGGCCCACCUCUUGGCUCUCUCUCUCUCUUUCAAAUGGCCGAAGGUUUUCCGUUUCCGGCAAUGCGGCAUCUUCCGGCGACUCCUUCCCUUCUCCGGCGGAUUUUGAUGCCCCUCCUAUUUUUCCCCUAUUAGAUCAGGCCGCCGUCUUCUCCUCUUCGGAUUCCGGCGACUAAGCCUCCAGGUUUUCGUCAAUCCAGUCUCCCUUUCGAACCCUAAGCAUCUCGAGAAUACUGCGCUCACCUAUCCAAUGUCUGCUGGAUUGUUAGUGAGACCUCACCCGGACACCAAAUGCUAGCCGUUUCUUGGUUUUCCUCUCCGUUUCCCUGAACAAACUUGGAGUGCAACAGUGAGUAUCAGAGAUGAGGAGUCUUCUACUCCGAAUCGUUUCUUUCCUCCUCUUCCUUCCUCUCUUAGCCGAAUCAAGGAAUCCGGCGUUAAACGACGACGUCCUCGGCCUGAUCGUCUUCAAGGCCGACCUCCGAGACCCCGACUCCAAGCUCGUCUCUUGGAACGAGGACGACGACGACCCGUGCCACUGGAUCGGCGUCAAGUGCGACCCGAAGACCAACCGCGUCGCGGAGCUCUCCUUGGAUGGUUUCUCCCUCUCCGGAAAGAUCGGCCGUGGUCUCCUCCAGCUCCAGUCCCUUCGGACACUGUCACUCUCCAAGAAUAACUUCUCUGGGAGCCUUAGCUCUGAUCUCCUCCGGCUCGAGAGCCUCCGCAACCUGGAUCUCAGUGAGAACAAGCUCUCCGGACCCAUCCCCGAUGACUUCUUUGGGCAAUGCAGGUUCAUUGGAGCCAUCUCCCUGGCGAAAAAUGCCUUCUCUGGGGUGAUCCCACCUAAUGUCGGCUCUUGCUCGACGCUUGCAGCUCUGGACCUCUCCUCGAAUCGGCUCUCUGGUUCUUUGCCGGCUGGACUCUGGUCUUUGAAUGCUCUCAGGUCGCUCGACCUCUCCGAUAAUGCUCUGGUUGGCGAGAUACCGGUGGGAAUUACUAAAAUCUACAACCUGAGGUCGAUCAGCUUGCGAGGGAACCGGCUCUCCGGGCAUUUGCCAGAUGACAUUGGAGACUGUUUGCUGUUGAAAUCGCUCGAUCUUGGCGGCAACUUGCUGUCUGGAAGCCUCCCGGAAUCGAUGCAGAAGCUCUCAACAUGUACUUCCUUGAGCUUGAGCUCGAAUUCCUUUACCGGGGAAGUUCCGUCAUGGAUUGGAGAAAUGAAAAGCCUCGAGACUCUGGAUUUGUCGCGCAAUGGGUUCUCCGGUCAGCUUCCUAGUUCAUUAGGUGAUCUGCAGCUCCUGAAAGAAUUGAAGCUUUCGUCGAAUCACUUCAUGGGGAGCUUCCCGGAAUCACUAUCUUCUUGCAAAAGCCUGUCGGUUGUGGAUUUUAAUCAGAACUCGCUUACCGGUAAUCUUCCAUCAUGGGUGUUUGCAUUGGAUUUGCAGCAGAUUCUAAUUUCAGAGAAUAAACUGCAUGGAUCGAUAGAAAUCCCUUCGAGCCCUGCUUCAACCCUCCAAGUUCUGGAUCUAUCCAGCAAUGCCUUCUCCGGUAAUAUUCCGACAGAAAUUUCAGAUGUUCCAAGCUUGCAGUUCUUGAACCUCUCCUGCAAUUCGUUUUCAGGCUCCAUACCAGAGAGUGUUGGGAAGUUGAAGUCUUUGGAAUUCCUUGAUCUAAGCGGGAACCGGCUGAACGGAAGUAUCCCAUUAGAGGUCGGGGGUGCAGUGUCUCUGAAGGAGCUGAGGUUGGAAAAAAACUCCCUCAGCGGCGGAAUUCCAACCCAGAUUGGAAAUUGCUCUUCCCUCGCGACCUUGGAUCUGUCACAGAACAACCUCACAGGCCCAAUUCCCCCAAGCUUGGCCAACCUCACCAAUCUCCAAGUCAUUAAUCUAUCUCGCAACAGACUCACAGGAAACAUCCCAAAGCAGCUUCCUGAUCUCCCUCACCUCCUCUCCUUCAACAUAUCUCACAACCUUCUCUCUGGAGCCAUCCCUUCGGGGAGCUUCUUUAACACCAUCCCUCCUUCCUCCCUCUCUGACAACCCUGGCCUUUGUGGCUCCGCUGUCCACCGGUCUUGCCCUGCCUUCGUCCCCAAGCCCAUCGUCCUCAACCCCAACAACUCUUCACCCAACCCCUCAUCAGACUCCACAUUCUCCCCUGCUAGCCUUCACCACAAGAAGAUCAUCCUAAGCAUCUCCGCUCUCAUUGCCAUUGGAGCUGCUGCCAUUAUUGCCCUUGGUGUUAUCACCAUCACCAUCCUAAACUUCCGAGUUCGUGCCUCCGCUUCCCAGUCUGCUCCUGCUUUGGCCCUCUCGGAUGACUGCCUCAGCCAAUCUCCUUCCACGGACGCGAGCUCGGGCAAGCUCGUCAUGUUUGCCGGCGGUGUCCCUGAAUUCAGUGCUGGCGCCCAUGCGCCGCUCCUCAGCAAGGACUGCGAGCUGGGUCGUGGAGGCUUUGGUGCAGUCUACAAGACCGUGCUCCGGGAUGGCUGGCCUGUGGCCAUCAAGAAGCUCACCGUUUCUAGCUCAGUGAAAUCCCAAGAGGAUUUUGAGAGGGAGGUAAAGAAACUGGGAAAGGUGCGGCACCCCAAUCUUGUGACACUUGAAGGCUAUUACUGGACUCCAUCCCUCCAACUUCUCAUAUUCGAAUUUGUUUCUGGCGGGAGCUUAUACGAACACCUCCAUGAAAGCCAUGCCACGAACGUACUCUCAUGGCAAGAACGUUUUGAUAUAAUCCUUGGCACUGCAAAGAGUUUGGAGCACCUUCAUCGGCUCGACAUAAUUCACUACAAUCUGAAAUCUACCAACAUCCUGCUCGAUGGCUCUGGCGAGCCCAAGGUCGGAGACUACGGGUUGGCAAAGCUGCUUCCAGUACUGGACCAUUACGUUUUAAGCAGCAAGUUACAAAGUGCUCUCGGAUACAUGGCACCGGAAUUCGCAUGCAGGACGGUGAAGAUAACCGAGAAAUGCGAUGUGUAUGCAUUCGGGAUGCUGGUGCUGGAGAUCAUGGCGGGGAAAAGACCCGUCGAGUACAUGGAGGAUGACGUGGUGGUGCUACGUGAUGUAGUGAGGGGAGCGCUGGAGGAAGGGAGGGUGGAGGAGUGUGUGGAUGGGAGGCUCUGUGGGAAGCUCCCCCUAGAGGAGGCCAUUCCAGUGAUCAAGUUGGGCUUGAUUUGUACUUCCCAGGUGCCAUCGAAUCGGCCAGAUAUAGGGGAGGUGGCGAACAUGUUGGAGCUCAUCAGAUGCCCUCAGGAUAGCCAAGAAGAAGAAUUGGCUUGACUCCCGGGUUUGAUCUCCUUUACGUUUUCAGAUCAUUACAUGGUAUAGUGGGAGAAGGAUAUAGGAGGAUUUCUUCUUUUCUUCUUGGUAAUAUAUGCGUGUUGCUCGUUGCUGGAAUCCCAUUCACCGGGUUCUACAGUUUGUGAGACCCUUCUGGGGAUUAAUGGAUGUAGUUUUCUUCACUUUCUUAGCACAGUUUUGUUGGGGUGGAUGAGUGGGGAUUACUUUUGUUUAAUUGAGGGUGGUAUUGAGUUGGGGAUGAUGCAACCCUCUAUACUCAUUGGCAAAUGCUGAAUGAACUUCCCAUUUCUCUGCUC